CAAAUCGUCAGCCGGUGCAAACGGAAAAUCGUGCAAAAUGUUCUUUUCUACUUGAAAAUUAAAGUUGUACUAAACGAUAUCAUAAAUAGAUAAACCUCUAAAAAAUAAGUGCUUGCUGUUCUAUUGAAAAUCUGCGUUGUAAUUGCCUUACUAGACAGCGUAUCAGGCCCAUCUGCUGAUGUUCCAGGACAAACAUGUACCCGUAAUGUAAUCAAAUAAAAACAAUACUUCCAUCAUCCAGUCCGCAGCUGAUAAGAUAAGUACGGGCUUAUAUUGAACCAUUCACGCCCCAAGCGAAUCGUUUGGAAUCUGUAACUGAACUGCGUAUCAGAAGGCACAAUCGCUACACAAAAAAGCAAACGCAAAGUGUGACCAAACAUGUUUCAGAUGCUGCAAAGAAGGUCAUCGAAAUUGGGUAUUUUGCGGUAUGCAAGAAGACAAACCCCAGCAGCAAGCAACACCAGAUACUAUGGCUCAUCGGAUAAGGGAAAUAAAGGCGACACCAGCAACAGUGGCGAUCUUUCUGACCAGGUGGAAGCAAAUAAGGAUAAUCCUAUCUCACGGACACUGAAACUUCUCGGCAACGAUGUGCAGCGUGUGAAAAAAUUCAUUCUGCCGCGUAAUUUAAGUAAAAACGAUUCAAAAGACAAAUCUUCGGAAUCGAUCGAAAACUAUCUUCAAAGGUACCGGAGAGACGAUUUUCAAUCUCACUGUGACAUUCUUGUAAUCGGUGGCGGCGGAGUAGGAUCUUCGAUUGCGUAUUGGCUCAAGAAGCGUGCUCGCGAAGGUCUAAACGUGGUGGUGGUCGAAAAGGAUUCGACUUACGCACAGGCUUCAACCUGUCUAUCGGUUGGGGGACUGCGGCAACAGUUUUCAAUCGUAGAAAACAUCCAAAUGAGCCUAUUCGGGGCCGAUUUUAUGCGCAACAGCAAGGACUAUCUCGGCGAGGACGUCGAUUUAAACUUUACCCCGCACGGGUAUUUGCUGCUGGCUAGCGAAGCGGGUGCGGAACAGCUGGAACAAAACUCCAAGCUACAGUGUGCGCUCGGUGCAAAAAAUGAGCUUUUAACGGCAAGUCGUCUAAAACAGCGCUUUCCCUGGAUGAACACGGAUGGCAUCGUGCUUGGGUGUCAUGGGUUGGAGAAGGAAGGCUGGUUUGAUCCGUGGGCGCUGCUUUCUGGCUUCCGAAAGCGUGCCACCGAGUAUGGUGCGCAUUACGUGGAGGGUGAAAUGGUUGGGUUUGGCUUUGAACGACAGCCGGACAUUUUGGCCGAAGGCAUCGAGGAAGGCGCCUACGAAGGAAUCAAUCGAGCGUACGUAAAGAUGAAGGACGGUGAAAUGCGAGAGAUAAAGUUUGCGAUCGCCGUCAUUGCUGCCGGUGCUCAAUCGGGAGCGAUUGCAAGGAUGGCCAGGAUAGGCACGGGGAAAGGAAUGCUAUCGAUACCGCUGCCGGUGGAACCAAGGAAGCGUUUUGUUUACGUGUUUCAAUGCGAAAAUGAUCAAGGUCCGGGAAUUAACACACCACUUACCAUUGAUCCGAGUGGAACGUAUUUCAGGCGGGACGGACUGGGCGGUAACUAUUUGGGCGGCAAAAGUCCACUACCGGAAGAGGAACCACCGGUGGAUACAUUGGAUGUUGAUCAUGGAUUUUUCGAAAAAACCGUAUGGCCAAAUCUAGCCCAUUUGGUGCCGAGUUUCGAAGCGAUAAAGGUGAAAAACGCCUGGGCCGGUUACUACGAGUUCAACACGUUCGAUGAAAACGGCAUUGUGGGACCUCAUCCGUACUACAACAAUCUCUACAUCGCUACCGGGUUUAGUGGGCAUGGCAUUCAACAAACACCAGCAGUAGGAAGAGCCGUUUCGGAGAUGAUCAUAGACGGUGGGUUCCGAUCAGUAGACCUCACGCGUUUCGGCUUCGAUAGGAUCAUCAUCGAUCAACCAAUGUUCGAGGCUAACAUUUUCUAGUCCAAAGGUGCACGAAUGUUAGGAAGUUUUGUUAUGAUGAUUGUAACAAUCAUUGUAUGAAAUAUAAAUAUAUCGUUUUA